CAGGAGUGAAGGAAAUCCAAUAUUUUUUUAAAUAGUGCAGUGUUUAUUGAUAUUCUAAAUAUGUUGAUGCCUCCUUCAAAUUUGGACGAUUCGAGCUUGGUCGGAGGUCUUGGAGCCCUUGGUGCAUCCGUAGUGGGCAUGCAGCAGAAAGACACCACGUGGACUAAGCUUUUUGUUGGUGGGCUGCCUUAUCAUACAACUGACAAAAGUCUUCGGGAGCAUUUCUCAGUUUAUGGAGAAAUCGAGGAAGCCGUUGUCAUAACGGACAGACAAACUGGAAAAAGCCGCGGAUAUGGUUUUGUAAUUCUAGGUGAUAAAACGAGCGCAGAAAGAGCGUGCAAAGAACCAAAUCCCAUAAUCGACGGCAGAAAAGCAAAUGUAAAUUUAGCAAUACUGGGAGCCAAGCCACGAGGAAAUGUUGCAGCAGGUUACCCAUUCACAGCUGGUCUUAGAGCAGCCUCGGGGUAUCCAGCUGUAUUACCCAGUCAAUACGGAGUGCCUCCCGGUUAUGUGUACCAAUCGCCGUACCUGAGCCCCGCAGCGGCUGGUAUUGUACCCCUGCAAGCGACGCAACUAUCGCACGCGGCGGCCGUGGCAGCAGCGGCCGCUUCUGCUACGCAGUUCUACGAAUAUCAACAGGCUGCAGCUGCAGCAGCAGCUCAAUAUCCACAACAGUAUGCAGUAGCGGCACAAGCAGCUCAGCAGCAAGCAGCUGCUGUUAAUGGAUUCGAGACAUAUCCUUACACUAGCGUCGCGGCUGCCGCAGCAGGUGCUGCAGCCAGCGGUUACAUGAGCCCGUACACCUACGCGGCUCUGCCUGGCAGCGGCGCUGCUGGAUUUCCAGGACUCUCGCCAUAUCAAGCAGCGACUCAGCCGGCACUUCAAGAAGCUAGGCUGCCAGGUGUCUAAUAUUUGAUUGAAUUAAAGACUAGGCUAGUUUGUGUCUGUGCGAUUGUGACAUUGCUAUCAUUUCAAUAAGCUAAUAAGAAAUUACCAUUAUGAGACAUGAUAUUUAAAGAUAGUUUUAAAAUAUGUAUAAUUUGUUACGAAGUGUGCUGAGUAUUAUUAUUCUCAUUAACAUAUUUUAUAUCGACAAAUGAGGAUAAAAUGGUGUAAAUCUCGCUUUUCCGUUCAUUUGUAUGUUUCAUAUAAUGGUGAAUUGUUGUAUGCUAAUUGAUAUUAUUUAUGGAUGGAGUAUGAUAGAUUUUGCCUG